GACAAUCAACCGCCGAUAACAAUAAACGGAACCAAUAAUAUCCAAAACUUUCUUCGAUUUUUUGAUCCUACGGAAGAUAAUACCUUAUGCACUCCGAUGGUCAGGCAGGUAUGAACAGUGUAAGGUAUUUUAUGGUUAUUUGUCGGAGGGAAAGAUAAUCAGAGAUGGUGUUGUUGAUUUUGUUCCUCGGCAUACCGCCUUGGACAUUUAACUCAUUAACCAAACAUACACUUUGUAUUCUCAUACAGAUGUCGAAUGACAUCACGGGGUUCCGGUUACGUCAGGCACCUUGAUUGUUCAACCCAAAAAGCGGAAAAAAGUCUAAUACUUGACAGCCAGACCAAAAAAAAAAAAUAACUCCAUGCGUUUCCCGGUUCUUUUUCUCUUUCUCGACAUAGAACAAUAUUCUACCAUUCUUGAUGCACUCAAUGUAUUGGUUGCAUCCCAAAUAACUUAAACUAUCACCAAUCCCAACGCGCAUGGACUGCGGCAAUACUCAGCCCCCGUUCCUCGCCACUCAUCACACUCGUAUCAUUUCUACCAUUCUUCGAUCACACCAUGAAUCCCGUUGCAUGACAAUCUCCCUUCCAUUGAUCUCUAUCAGCAACAAUACUUGCCGAACCCCAGUUAAUCUCCGCAUAUCCUCACCAUCGCUAGGGCUAUAGCGAUGGAAGAAGGAACCGCCAGUAUCAACCCUUUAGAACCUCCGCCGCUCCCUUACUCACUUCGGACACGAAAGAAGUCAAUCGCAUUUUUUUGGAUAUUAUUCGUUUUUGACACCCUCGCUCAGCCUGUGGCACUCUACUUCGGUCUGUGGUAUGGCACAAACUUGUCGCAUAAUUUAGUUUUUACCAUUGUGACAGCUGCAUUGGGAGGAAUUUCUGUGUUUGAAUACUUCUACCGGCUCUACAACUUAUUCCGAAAGGAUUCUCGCGCUCGGCCGUUGAAUGCACGAAAAUCAUGGCUGGACUUCUUCCAUAUUAAUUUCACCAUUGUCUGGUUGAUCCUCGCGGUUGAACUUAUUGUAGGAACGGUCCAGGAGGAACCCUAUGUGCGACUAGUAGCUAUGGUCCUCCCGAGCGUCAUGUUUUACUUCGGUGGUGUCUACUUGACCCUCGAUGUUCUCCGCGUGCUAGGGUUCAAGGCCCCUUUCCGGAUUUCCUCGACCCCAAAGGGGUCUACGAUGCCCACGGCUCUAUAUGUUAUGAUCGAAGAUGUGGUAGCAGUGGAUGGGGGCGGGGGCCAGAAAUACCGGUAUGCCCUUCGAGUCCGGUACCUUUCCAGCCCAUACUUCCGCCGGAUGCUCUUUCAAAUGAACUGUUUCUGGGCCGGGGGCUCUAUUGUUUUCGCUGCUGUCAUCACUGCAAUUGUCUUUACGACACCGAAGCCUGUUGCGUACACGCUUGGAUGGUCCUUACCAUUCGUUUGGGCCGGCAUCUGGACGCUCAUCACCAUCCCGUGGGUCCAAAGUGAUCUUCGUCGCGAGAAGAAAGCAUGGGCCGAAAACCGCGGCCAAGGAGGCAUUCCCUACACGGAUGAUAUUAGCGCGCCGGCUGAUCGGACUCGACUCGAGUCGAUACACGAACAUCUGUGGCCUUGGGGCCGCGAGAAAAACAAGGAAAAGCCCUCGACGCAAUCUACCCCGUCUGAUGGCCAUUCCAACGUGUGA